AUGAGCAGAACCCAGUUGCAAAAGUUCACUGAAUUUCCAAUUCGUCCAGGGUAUGGAAAGGCUGGACGCUCGAUUAAAGUCGGAACUAAUUUUUAUGAGGUUGACAUUCCUGAUUCAAACGUGUAUCAUUAUGAUAUCGACAUUCAACCCGAGGUUCCAUCUGGUUUGAGCAAAAAAAUUUUUGAGUACUUUCAGGAAACUGAACGUGGAGGAAUUUUGGGUGGAGUAAGAGGCGUUUAUGACGGUCGAAAGAAUGUUUAUACAAUUAGAGAAUACCCGUUUGGAGAUUAUGUAGCCGUUGAUGUAUCUUUUCCGGAUGAUGCGAAUCGUCCUACGCGUCAAUUUAGAAUAAAGUUAAAAAAAGUGGCCGAAAAAAACUUGGAAGAGUUGCUAAGAUUUGUCGAAGGCACGAGUUCGCAUAAUAACGUUCAAACCGGAAUUUCUGCGCUUGAGGUUUUGAUUAACCAAGUUCCAGCUUUGAAUUUUACGACUCUUGGACGUCGUGCAUUUUUCACUCGUGAGGGAUCUGUACCUAUAUCUGGUGGAUUGGAAGUGUGGCAAGGAUAUUGGCAAUCUUUACGUCCCGGUCAAGGUCGUUAUUAUAUAAAUUUUGAUACGGUUGCGACAGCCUUUUAUCAACCAGGAAAUCUUGUAGAAAUUUUCGCUAAAAUUCUCGGUCAAAGGGUUGAGGACUUUCGUUAUCGUAUAUCCGAACCGAGUCGGUUAAGGAUAGAAAAAUUGCUAAAAAAGCUUAAAUUUAGAGUUUCGCAUCGAGGGGAAGAUUUCUCUCCUAAAUAUAAAAUACAAAAACUUUCAGAAAAACCCGCUAAUGAACAAACUUUUGAUAGAGGCAAUGAAAACCCAACGAAUGUGACUAUAUUCCAAUAUUUUAUACAACAAUAUAAUCGAAAAUUAGAAUACCCGUUGUUACCGUGUAUUCAAACGCCAAGUGGAGCAUAUUUUCCUGCAGAGUUGUGUGUCCUUGAAGAGGGACAAAAAUAUGACAGGAAGUUAACUGAUGACCAAACGGCAGAUAUGAUAAAAUUCACUUGUCAAAAACCAUCUAUUCGUCAAAGCAGGAUUCAAAGCGGUCUUAAUGCAUUAGAAUAUGCUCAGAAUGAACCUUGUAAGCAAUGGGGUCUUCGUGUCUCGAAAAAAAUGGUCCAAGUAGAAGCUCGUGUUCUUCCAGCUCCUAAAUUAGCUUAUCAUCCGUCAAGCAGAGAAGCAAAUUUUACACCUCAAUUUGGAGCUUGGCAACUUGGUCCUGUUUGGUCAAUAUCAAUCUUUGCGAAAAAACAUGAAAUAAGAAUUCAAGCAGUAGAAGAAUUUCUUCGAGAGUUAGUUAGCACUCUUUCAGAGAAUGGCAUGAAUGUUGCUAAUCCUAACCCCGAAAUAUUAUAUGCAACUGCAAAUAUUCAGGAUUCAAUUCGUAUAGCGUAUCAAACCGCAGGAAAUCAAUUGAAAAAACAGCCGCAGUUGAUUAUUUGUAUUUUACCGUCAAAGACGCCAAUUUAUGAUGAAAUUAAAAGAAUUGAAGAUACAGUUUCGGGUGUACUGACUUCAUGUGCCAUAAUAUCACGUAAAAAACGAAACAAGCAAUAUUACGGUAUGUUGGGACUAAAGAUCAAUAACAAACUCCGAGGAAUUAACGUGUCGUUGCAACCAGGAUACCUUCGUUUCUUUGAAGAAGCUCCGACUAUUGUGUUUGGUGCUGAUGUUACUCAUCCCGGCCGUUACGAAAAACAACCUAGUAUUGCAGCAGUUGUUGCAUCUUCUGGUUUAAUGCCCACUAGAUAUGCCACUUCUAUCAAAUUCCAAGCUCCACGAGCUGAAAUAAUAGCAGAACUUCAACAGAUGGUACAAGAACUACUUAAGAUAUACUAUAAAGAAACAAAGAAAAAACCUGAACGUAUACUAUUCUAUCGUGAUGGUGUUAGCGAAGGGCAAUUUGAAGACGUUAAAAAAUAUGAAGUGGAAGCAAUUCGUAAAGCUUGUUCUACCCUGGAAAAAAAUUAUAAACCUAAGAUUACCUUUAUUAUUGCGCAGAAACGUCAUCAUGCUCGAUUCUUCCCAUUGAACUCUAAUGACGCGGAUAGAUCACAAAAUUGUCUUCCAGGCACAGUCGUCGAAAAAUCUAUAACUCAUCCUAUCGAAUUCGAUUUUUAUUUACAAUCACAUCCCGGAUUACAAGGGACAUCUCGUCCCACACAUUAUCAUAUUUUGGAAGAUGAUUCCAGAUUUACUCCAGAUAGUUUACAAACCUUGACGUACAAUCUAUGUUACUUGUAUGCGCGAUGUCCUCGCGCUGUGUCUAUGGUGCCACCUGCGUAUUACGCUCAUUUGGCAGCUUUUCGUGCUCGGAGUUGGAUAAAAUUGAUAAAUUCGGAAAGCAACAGUAAUUAUAGUGACGAAAUUUCAUUAGAUGAUUAUCCCAAAUUGAAACCGGAAUUGCAAAAAAUAAUGUUUUACAUUUAG